GUGUGGCCCAGCCCCCGCCUCCAUUUUUUUUUUUUAACUUUAAUCCAGGGGAUGGCCGGGCAAUGGUGGUGUGCGCCUUUAAUCUCAGCACUCAGGAGGCAAAGGCAGGCGAAUCUCUGAAUUCGAGGCCAGCCUGGUCUACAGAGCAAGUUCUAGGACAGCCAGAGCUACACAAAGAGACCGUCUCGAAUAAAUAAACAAACAAAUGAGGGGCUGGAGAGAUGGCUCGGACUUAAGAGCACUGGACCGCUCUUUCAGAGGACCCAGAUUCAGUUCCCAGCAUCCACAGGGUGGUUCACAACUUUCUGUGACUCAGUACAAGAUCUGAUGCUCUCUUCUGGUCUCCGUAGGCAUUGCACGCACAUAGUUUAUAUAAUAUACAAACAAUCAAAACACCCAUACACAUAAAUUAUUAUUUUUUAAGUCAGAGGACACCUAAUUUCUUGGCGAGCCUGAGUGUGAUAAGAAAGAAUGCUGUAUCCAUCUCGAUGGAUAUAACACAACACCUAGCAGACCCUGGCAGACCCCGUUCAUCUAACGCUCAAACAUGUAUGUGUAGGAACGCUGAAGCACGCUUGUGAAAGGGAAGCCUGACCUUAAGACUCGAGGGCUUGAAUCCAGCGCGACAGCAAUAUCGAGCAAGUGAGUGCUGGGAUACCGGAACUUGAAGCUAACCCAGGCGCCAGACGCCGGUUGGGAACUUCUUAGAGUGGGGCUCCUUAGUGGAGGGAGGUUGGCUGCGCAACGCUGACAUCUACAGGGGGGUUGUGGGGGACAGGUCCUGCAACCUUGCUUGAAGCAGGGCGGGCGGCGCCGAGAAACAGGGGCUGCGGAGCCGGGCGGGCGCCAGAGUGGACGCUGCGGCCAAGGAGUCUUCCUGCGGUCCGAAUCAGUCACACUGCGUUCAGUAGUCCGCCGCGGGCUUGGCUGCUGAAGUUAUGCAGCCCCGUGGGGAGCGGCCUGCUGGCAGGACGCAGAGCCCAGAGCACAGCAGCCCGGGGCCCGGGCCUGAGGCGCCCCCGCCGCCCCAGCCGCCGGCCCCUGCGGCCUGCAGCCCUGAGGCAGAGCGAGCUCGACCCAGGCAGGCCCGGCCUGCAGCCCCCAUGGAAGGUGCGAUGCAGCUCCUGAGCCGAGAGGGUCACAGUGUGGCACACAACUCGAAGCGGCACUACCAUGACGCUUUUGUGGCUAUGAGCCGCAUGCGGCAGCGUGGCCUCUUGUGUGACAUCGUCCUGCAUGUGGCAGCCAAGGAGAUCCGUGCUCAUAAGGUGGUGUUGGCCUCCUGCAGCCCCUACUUCCACGCUAUGUUCACAAAUGAAAUGAGUGAGAGCCGCCAGACACAUGUGACGCUGCAUGACAUUGACCCGCAGGCCUUAGACCAACUGGUGCAGUUUGCAUACACAGCUGAGAUCGUGGUGGGCGAGGGGAAUGUACAGACUCUGCUCCCAGCUGCCAGCCUUCUACAGUUGAAUGGUGUUCGAGAUGCCUGCUGCAAGUUCCUCCUGAGCCAGCUUGACCCCUCCAACUGCUUGGGCAUCCGAGGAUUUGCAGACACGCAUUCAUGCAGUGACCUGCUCAAGGCAGCGCACAGGUACGUGCUGCAGCACUUCGUGGAUGUGGCCAAGACUGAGGAGUUCAUGCUGUUGCCACUGAAGCAGGUCCUGGAAUUGGUCUCUAGUGAUAGCCUGAACGUGCCCUCAGAGGAAGAUGUCUAUCGUGCAGUCCUGAGCUGGGUCAAACAUGAUGUAGACACUCGGAGGCAGCAUGUACCAAGGCUGAUGAAGUGUGUACGGCUGCCUCUGCUGAGCCGAGACUUCCUAUUGGGCCACGUCGAUGCUGAAAGCCUUGUGAGGCAUCAUCCUGACUGCAAGGAUCUGCUCAUUGAGGCUCUUAAGUUCCACCUGCUGCCUGAGCAGAGGGGUAUUCUGGGUACUAGCCGCACAAGACCCCGUCGCUGUGAGGGUGCUGGUCCUGUGCUCUUUGCCGUUGGUGGUGGGAGCCUGUUUGCCAUCCAUGGAGACUGCGAAGCGUAUGACACUCGAACUGACCGCUGGCACGUGGUGGCCUCCAUGUCCACACGGCGGGCCCGUGUAGGAGUCGCCGCUAUUGGAAACCGACUGUAUGCUGUGGGCGGCUAUGAUGGAACCUCAGACCUGGCGACAGUGGAGUCCUAUGACCCUGUGACAAACACAUGGCAGCCCGAGGUGUCCAUGGGCACAAGGCGAAGCUGCCUGGGUGUAGCUGCCCUGCAUGGGCUUCUGUAUGCAGCCGGCGGUUAUGAUGGGGCUUCCUGCCUCAACAGUGCUGAACGGUAUGACCCACUGACGGGAACGUGGACAUCCAUUGCUGCCAUGAGCACCCGGAGACGAUAUGUGCGUGUGGCCACACUUGAUGGGAACCUGUACGCCGUGGGUGGUUAUGACAGCUCAUCACACCUGGCCACCGUGGAGAAGUACGAGCCCCAGGUGAAUUCAUGGACACCUGUGGCCUCCAUGCUGAGCCGCCGCAGCUCUGCAGGAGUGGCAGUGCUGGAGGGUGCCCUAUAUGUGGCAGGGGGCAACGAUGGCACAAGCUGCCUCAACUCAGUGGAGAGAUAUAGCACCAAGGCUGGUGCCUGGGAGAGUGUGGCACCCAUGAAUAUCCGCAGGAGCACACAUGACCUGGUGGCCAUGGACGGAUGGCUCUACGCUGUAGGGGGCAAUGAUGGCAGCUCCAGCCUCAACUCCAUAGAGAAGUACAACCCAAGGACCAACAAGUGGGUGGCGGCAUCCUGCAUGUUCACAAGACGCAGCAGUGUGGGUGUGGCAGUGCUGGAGCUGCUCAACUUCCCACCGCCGUCCUCACCCACGCUGUCUGUGUCCUCCACCAGCCUCUGACACACGUCAGACUGCGCAGAGGUCCUGCAGCAUCCCACAUGCCUUAAACCCUAUGGGGUGGCCCUUCCACCUCUGUCUCCUCCACCAAGUGUUAGGGCAGAUCACAUACCCCACCAGGGAUUUCCUGUUUCUCCUGUCUUGGUUUCUGUAUUCACCGUCAUUGUUCAUUUAUUUGUGUGUGCUGUUUGUUUACUCACUAAUUUAUUGGUUCCCUAUUUAUUGAUGGAUGAGAAGUGCUGCAGCUACCAGUUCACACAUUUACUCUCACGUGUCAGCUCUCCUGCAUGUGGGGACCAAGAAGCCCUUUGGAGUCCUCUUUCCUGGCUCCCUUCCUGGAGCAGCAGGGAACGCUGGGGGAGGACGAACAGCACAGCUGGGCUUACAAACAGUAGGGGGCAGAGCAGCUGUCCCAACAGGAGAAGAGGCCAGGGCUUUCUAAGAAGAUGCAGCCCCUGGCCAACGCUUUGCACAUAGCACUUAUCUGUCUCUACCAGGCACUGUUCCUGAAGGGCACAAAGCAGACAUCGUCCCCGUGUCUUGUGUAUACAGUGUGAUGUCUUUUCUGGAUCUUCUGUGGAACUGGGCACACAACAUGCACUUAGAUCCCACACAGCAAUAUGAGCCAACUUGAACAAUAAACAUGUUUUUGGGGGCUCCAUGGGCCUGAGACUGAA